AUGUGGCAGCAACUCCCAGGGUUUCCAUCAGCAGCAGCACCAUCAUUUAGUGGACCGCAGCCUGGAACUAUAGGAAUAACGCGUGAUGAUGAUCCAUGGAAUCCGACUGCCGAGUAUCCUCUCCCAUAUGGACGACUGCAAGCACAUGGAGGGCUGCGACGCCAGUGGAUAGAUGACCCCGAAGCGCCAGACUGCCCUAUUAACCCAUCAACAUUGACAAUGCAACAGGUAGAAGCGAACUUUCCUUAUGCGCUACCACCUAGACGUAAUGUUAUGGGUGAGGAUUUCGCGGACCAGGCCCUUUAUACCCGGAACUUCGAGAUGCAUACUUUGCGACAUGUUUAUGUUCAACAUGUUGUAAAUGCAGAGACAAAUCCCUUCGUGAGGAGGGGAUUAUAUACCGAGAAGACUCGGCCUAGACUAGCAUGGCCAAAACAGGAGCCCGAGACCUGGGAUUAUCGUACCCCGGAAUACGAUGGCCUAUUAGGCUCUCGUAUUGGGAAAGUUGUCGCAUACUUGGUCUUGGGUGCAUUUCCCGGGGCACUCGGCGCAUUACACGGGUCGCUACAUGGGCAGUCGACCCUCUGA